AUGUUCGAUAUCAGAAGCGGCGUCAGGUCUCCAUUGGCCUGCGCCACGAUCGUCGGGCUUCAUUUCGCCACAAAGCAGCGGUCCGGCAAUCGGUUCAAGUGCCGAAGCGACACGGAGUGGACACCGACUCCUUGCUACAUCGAAUUCGGACCACUCGAGCCUUACACCGAGAAUGCGCCACAAGGGCCUUCGGUACGUGUUCCGCCCGUGUCUGAACGGAGGAAACAACCGGAAUCCUCUGGGAUUGACUGCAACGACAGAAUAUGCAAGAGCGACCAAAUACCUCUGGGUCCCGUGAAAGGUCGAGCAUCGCCGAUGACAAGACGCCAUAGUUUCACGUUGGACCGUAGUUCUUUGGCAGCUUUGCAUUCUGUGCUGAAACGUUCCAAUGAUGAUGCCACUCCUCACAACGAACGACAAACGAGCCCGACUUAUCCCAAGUAUGUAGGGAUGUGCUUCCACCGUGGAUGGAACUUCAGCCUCAUGUCCACUACUAAAACCAUUACGUCUAAUCUCUAUAGCAGUGUCCAUAAGUCGGGUCUUAAUCAGAUUAGGCAUAGCCGCCAAGAAUACCACGAUAUCCUGCCAGCCGCAAGGGAUAGCCGAAGGAUUGGACCAGAUCUGAUUGAACUGAUACCUCGGAUUACCUCUACGGUGAUCACUGGAUCACCGCGGCACAUCUCUACAAGUAAGGCACGCAAAAUCCAACGCUCUGCUCCCCGUCUUCAACCACGUGCCGGGCUCCGUCUUGCGAUCCAGGGCCUACAGGCAGCAAAUCUGCCCGGGCAACAAUAUGAUGCACCUCAGGACCGAUCCGAAACUUGUAGCUGGAGUAAAGUCGGCAGACGAGCCGAGGAAGCCGCAUGCCGUCGACAUGGUCACAGAAUGGAAGUACUGUACUGGAAUCUUGAAACUGGCUCAAACAAACGCCGACAGGUAAUCAGAAUCAUUGAAGCGAGCAAUGAUGCGUCCUCAACUUCACUACACGCAUUCGCAUUACAUUUCAUCUCCUCAAACGCCCUUAUUCCAACCAUAACUCCCGCGAAACACCCACCUCAGGAUGCCACCUUCCGUCUCUCCAAUUCAACUUCGUCUCCAGCUUGCUCGCAUUCGAUGCCGCACACCUCCAAAAGCCACCCAAGCUUCGCUUCACACCAUUGCAGUCUUCCAAAAGAGAUUUGCUCGAUGCCCCUCACCAGAAGAGACUACCGGUCUAUCCACUCACCCAUCUCAUACUCCCCAUCUCCAACAAUUCAAUUCCCCCAUCCACAAUCUUCACUUUUCCUUACAAAACGCUGCGACAAGUCCCUUCGACGUUAUCAAUCCGCGAAUCUCCCCUCAUCCAUUAUCCACCUCCACCUCCUCACCCACUUCCCUUCACUUCCCAUCAAGCCAGCUGCGCCAACCGCGAAUAUCACCACUCCCAGUCCACAGAAUUCCUCGAAAUUUUCCAUCCCCUCCUCUUUUUUUUUUUUUUUUUUUGCAAGGAAAUUGCGCAAAAUCAUACACCCACGUCCCUACUACAUUAAAGCCCCAAUGACGAGCAAUGUCCAGAGAAUGGGUUGUAAGGCAUUAAGAAGAUGGAAUCUCGGAUGGGAGGAUGGCGAUUACAGAAGAACAGAGACUAUGGAUGAGAUCUUAUUAGAUAGCUGGGUUGGGAGCUUGUGCUUCAUGGGGUUUGCUUUUGACGUUGGGCGACUUACUUGGCGUGGCUAUGUAGGCAGUGUUGUGGUUGAUCAUAUUGUGCUUCAAUGCGAUGAAUAUGCGCUGAAGCUCAUCAUCGUUCUUGGCAUAUGGAGUUGCACGGCAUUGGCUUCUCUCAUCUUUUCACAGUAUGCAUUGCUGCCAUGGCUACCUACACCAGAGACGCUGUAA